ACGACCGCAGCAAUGGCAUCCGAGAAGGCUAGCAACCCCAUGCGGGAGCUCAAGAUUCAGAAGCUCGUUCUGAACAUCUCCGUCGGUGAAUCUGGUGACAGACUCACCCGUGCCGCCAAGGUGCUUGAGCAGCUGUCCGGUCAAACCCCCGUCUACAGCAAGGCCCGUUACACCGUCCGAACCUUCGGUAUCCGUCGUAACGAAAAGAUUGCUGUCCACGUCACCGUCCGUGGCCCCAAGGCUGAGGAGAUCCUCGAGCGUGGCCUCAAGGUCAAGGAGUACGAGCUCCGCAAGCGCAACUUCUCCGAGACUGGCAACUUCGGCUUCGGUAUCAGCGAGCACAUCGAUCUCGGUAUCAAGUACGACCCUUCCAUCGGUAUCUACGGCAUGGACUUCUACUGCUGCAUGACCCGCCCUGGUGAGCGCGUCACCCGCCGCCGCCGCAUGAAGAGCCGGAUCGGUGCCUCCCACCGCAUCAAGCGCGACGAGACCGUCCGGUGGUUCAAGAGCCGCUUCGAUGGCAUUGUCCGAUAAACGGAUAAUAUCCAAUCGAAAACCAAAUCAACUUUUUUUUUCUCUCUCUUAUUUCUUGUCAUGGAAAUGGGCACGGCGAACAUUGGGGGGUAACAAAAGGAUCAUAUGGUCAUGUAUUCUUCCGCUUGAUUUUUACAUCAGCUCGUACCAAAUUUUUUUGAGUCGAGCAACGGCCUGAGAGACCGACCGGCGCUAUGCCGGCUUCACGUAUAUUGCCCCCUGCAAUGUGAUGGCACCAUUAUGCCUUUGG